CUCACAACCCUUGAUAUGGUAAUUUCCAGAUCCACGCUAAGAAAAUAGUAGUCUAAAGGGCGGGGCAAAAACCCUUGUUCGCAGAAAACAAAUGCCACGUAACGAAUACGAAUUUCACGUAGCCCUGACUUCUUACACUCCACUUCUGUGCUUGGACUGACACAAUACUGGUCAAAGUAGAGAGAAGACGUCAAAAGACAUUUCUUUGAAGGUUUCCUUCUCUCUGGUGUUGUCGCAGCAUCCAAAUAUCCCCAGCCUUGUCAUGGCCAACAACCCAUCGCAGAGAAAGUGUCAAGGCGCAGACUGCGGAAACAAUGCGGGAAUAUUACAGUGUCCGACGUGUCUGAAGCUCGGUUUAACCGACAGCUAUUUCUGCUCCCAAGAUUGUUUCAAGAAGAACUGGAACCAACAUAAGACCCUACACAAGUCUCAAAAUGUUACCGGACCCUACAAUCCGUUCCCGACAUACACCUUCACCGGCUCGGUCCGACCGGUCUACCCACUCUCUGCGAAGCGCACCGUCCCCAAGUCGAUCAAACACCCGGACUGGGCCGUGACGGGCAUCCCGAAGGGCGAACGGCGGCUGAGUCGGACGAAAAUCGACCUCCUCGAUGCGAAGGGCCAGGAGGCGAUGCGCAAAGUGUGCCGCUUAGCGCGAGAAGUACUGGAUGUCACCGCCGCCGAGCUCAGGCCCGGCAUUACGACCGAUUACCUGGACGAGGUCUGCCACAACGCUUGCAUAGAACGGGAUUCAUAUCCGUCUCCCUUGAACUAUAAUCACUUUCCUAAGUCGCUAUGUACGUCGCCGAACGAGGUGGUUUGCCACGGAAUCCCCGACCAGCGCGUCCUUCUUGAUGGCGAUAUCCUCAACCUCGACAUCUCGAUAUAUCAUGGGGGCUAUCACGCCGAUGUCAACGAAACGUAUUACAUAGGCGAUCGAGCCAAGGCGGACCCGGACUCGGUCCGAGUUGUCGAAACGACGCGGGAAUGCUUGGAUAAGGCGAUCGAGCUUGUGAAACCCGGCACGCCAAUCCGUGAGUUCGGCAAGGUCAUUGAGAAGCAUGCCAAGUCCCGUAACUGUAGUAUCAUGACGACCUGGGGGGGUCAUGGCAUCAACACUGAAUUCCAUCCCCCGCCGUGGAUCCCUCAUUAUGGCAAGAAUAAGGCGGUCGGCGUAUGCAAGCCCGGAAUGACUUUCACCAUCGAGCCUAUCCUUACACUUGGAAAGCCGAAGGAGAUUUAUUGGCCGGAUGACUGGACCAACGUGACUGUUGAUGGGAAGUGGACUGCGCAAUUUGAACACACCUUACUGGUCACAGAAACGGGUGUUGAGGUCCUGACUGCGCGGACGGAAAAUUCUCCAGGAGGCCCAAUACCGAUUCCGACGAUUCCAAAUGGAAUAGCAGGGGCUAAUGGCACAUCCACUGCGUAGCUUCAUGGUGAAUUGAAUCACGCAAUAGAGGAUGGAGAUUUCAUAGGGUGAAUUAGGUUCGAAAAGAAAGGCGCUUUCCAAGGCCCUAUAGCACAACUCGGAUCCCCGGCGUAAUAGCAGGAAAGUCCUCAAGAAGUAGGAUAGAUUCCAAGAUGGUCCAAGGACAAGUGGCGAGCCGACUACCCAGAAGGUUGUCCAAUAUUUCAAAUACUUCGAUGAUUAUUGGCGUACUAUAUGUCGCAUAUAGGCUGGCAAGUCUAGGAUCUAUCGGAGCAUGAAAGAUCAGAGCUAGGAGACGGCUUGUUAUAGGUUGUAUCAUUUGCCUCAAAUAACAUGCUGUAUAGGUGCAUAAUGAGGGCCUCAAGCUAUGACGUCCCCCUCGCUCUGGCAGCUUAAGUUACUUGGGCUCUCUCCUUCUAUAAAGCUUAAUCUAUCGACGAGUCUUAUACGGGGCCUACUAGGUGGCCGAGAUUCAUGAUUCGGAGGUCAUCUUUCUUAUGAUUUGGAGCCUCCUGUUGCUUAUUUGUAUCGACAAUAAAUCAAUUAUUCUUGAACCCGGAGCGGAAAUAAAUAAUCAAUAUAAAUUGUUGG